AUGAUUGACCGUUUUGGUUUAGGUUGUAGCAUCACCAACCCAGAAGGAAAAACGGUGGCUUUUGUGGCACGAAAAGUUGGCAAAGUGCUACCAGGAGAAGGAAAAUACAAAUAUUUGCCUAGUUAUCAAUACUAUCAAAAAUCUUCCUUAUUAUACAAUUAUCUCGCAGUAAAAAAAAGUCGAGUCGAAGAAUGUUAUUUAGUAGAAGGAUUUUUUGAUGUCAUUAGUUUAACCAAGUUAGGAGUAGAAAAUUGCCUGGCUUUGCUGGGAACCAAUUUAUCCGAAGAACAACUGAAACUUUUAACUGAAUUAAAGCAACGAAUUAUUCUUUUUUUAGACAGCGAUAAAGCCGGGCAAGAAGCUACCAUUAGUGUAGCCACGAAAUUACUAUUACGAGAAGUUGACUGCGAAGUAAUAAAAAAUGAUUAUUCGGGCGACCCCGAUGAAAUUUGUCAGCAACAAGAUCCAGAAAGUAUUAAAACUAUACUCCAAAGUCGCGAAAACCCCUACUCAUUUAUUCUCAACUAUUAUUUUGUCAAGUGA